AAAAUCAAGUGUCAUAUCAAUAGGAAAAGCAAGCAGCGCAUAAAAAGAAAAUUUCAGCUCCAAUUGUAAUAAAAAUUUCUAGCCCAACAAUUAAUUAAAAGUAUUAGAAUUGAAAGAAAUUUAUAAGUGUGAAUUGGAGCUACAUAUUUAGCUAAAAAGGCCAUUAUUAUAUUUAAGCGCUUCUCAUGAAAAUAACUCGAGGGUAAGCACGUUCCAGCAGAGCCGUAUUGAAAAAGUUUCGCUUUUUGCCGACGACGAAGUUCGAGUCGUCGACGUCCCUCCCAGAAAAAAAGUAAUCUUGGUAAAAGGAGGAACUCUGAGAGCCAAAGGGUUGCUUUUCAAUUGAAAUUGCCAAGAUAACUUGGUUAACAUUUUGGUUGGAACGAACCAAAAUAGCGGCAUAUCGUUAACCAACGGAGUAUUGGGGGGAAUCUAAAAAAAAAUUUGUAGACGUUUAUUGCGGCGGCACAACGAAGACGAAGAGGAAAAAAAUUGGGCGAAAACUUUGCAUUGAUGGUAAUGCAUGCUAGAAAACCGCAACGUGUGAACGAUGGCUACUUUGAGAAGCAUCAGUCUCAUUCGUAUCAGAGUUCCAAGUACAGUUCAAAGCGCGAUUAUGAACGCGAUCGCUCAUCAAACUAUCGCGAUCGCGAUCUGUCGCCAGCUAGCGGUGGUCCAUUGAAUAAUGUUUCGCAAAGAUUAUCGCAAACUGCUAUGAAUAAUGGUAACAGCGCAUCGUAUCGCUCACAAUCACCCGAAGUAGAUUCACCAUCGUCAAGAGGACACGGUUCGCACGAUAUACGCGAUCGUGAUCAUCGUGGUAGCGAUCGUUUCAGUUAUAUGCAAAAAAUGCGGGAUCGUGAUCGCGAUGUCUAUAAAAAGGAUAAAUAUUCUACAGAUAAGCGCGAUAGACGUGGCGGUGGUAGUGGCAGUGGUGGUGGUAACGAUCGUGAUUCAGAAUCGCAUCGCACCAAUCAUGAUAGGUUGGAUCGCCGUGGCGGUGGCAGCGGUAGUGGAAGUGGAGCAAAGCUUUGUUCUUCCAGUAGCGGCGACAAGCGUUCCGGCUCGACAGAUCGUGACCGAGAGCGCGAUCGUGAUCGUGGCGAUUUGAGAGAUAGUAAACGUGAACGUGGCUCCGAGCGAGAUCGCGAUAGAGAACGUGACCGCGAUAGGGAUCGUGAUAGAGAUCGCAGUGAUCGUGGUGGAGGCGGUGGCGAUCGUGAACGCGAUCGAGGAGGUGGUGGAGGCAGUGGUGGCGGCGAACGCAGCGAUCGUGGCGAACGUGUGGCACGAUGUGGCGAUUGGAGUGAACAUGUCAGUUCAUCUGGAAAAAUGUAUUAUUACAACUGCAAAACCGAAAUCUCACAAUGGGAAAAACCAAAGGAAUGGAUUGAACGAGAACGAACUCUGGCACGCGAUCAACAUAGGGAAAAAGAUUAUCGAGACAAAGACCGCGAUAGAGAUCGUGAGGAUCGUUUUUGUAGAUCAGCUUACGCGAAACAUUCCAGUUCUCGAGGAAACUCACGGCUGAGGUGGAAUUAUGAAAACGAUGGCGGACCGCCAAGUCAUCGAAGGCGUUUGGAUGGUCGCAUCGCUGAAAAUCCCGAUAUGGACAUAAGUCCCGGUGACUCCACGCCAACAUCGGAGGCUAGCUAUCCGCUGACCGGCGCGCCUACAGUUCAUGGUCUGGUGAAUGUGCAACACAAUGACCUAUCAAUUCCAACAUCAACCGUUGGCCUGCCGAAUGCAUUACCGCGUUUAGCUUCGCAUCCCAACGCCAGCACUGUUAUGUCAUCCUCCUCCUCCGCGUCCGCUUCUGCUGCAGCGGCCAAUGCAGCUGCCGCUUCAAUGCAUUUCUCCGCGUCAUCCGCGUCAGCGCAUGGUUCGGGCGUUGUUGUAGGCGGAGCAACAAUGUUGCCCGCCACUGGACUCGCCUCUGUGCCAUCGAGUACAGGUGUACCAGUGAUGGUUGCUGGUGUGCUGCAGACACAAAAUAAUAGUAAUCAUCGAAAAAUGGAUCCAGUGACAAUGCUGCAACAGCAAGCGCAUUUAGCGUCAACAACAUCGCCAAAUGUGGAUCAUCAUUUGAACUCGAAUGCACCGGGUCCGCCGAAAAUGGGUACAAAGGAGCAACAGGAAAUGAUGAUGAGCUCGCAACAGAAGGCGUUAUUAAUGCGACAGCAGCAACAGCAGGCGGCGUUGCAUCAUCAUCACCAACUUUCACAUCAUGGUGGCAGCGAGGCGGUACAUAUGAUGUCCAAUACCGGCACUUCCAUUGAUGUUACCAAUCACGCGGCCUCAUCAGCGGUGAUAGUUCUAAGAGAUAAUUCGGUGAACUCACCACACUACAAUUUAGCCCAUACACAUGGCAUGUCGCCAAUGGGCUACAAUACAAAGAGUCCUAUCACGGGUGUUGGCGGCAGCGGUGGGGUUGUUCCUGUUACCGGUCAUAGCAACAAUGUGGGCGGUGGUGGCAUUAAUAUGAGCUCCGGCAUAAAUGCUGGCUCAUAUGCCGCCUGUAACACACCGUACGGUUUAAAGACUGUCGAGGGUAGCAGUGGCGGUGUCAUGAACUCGAUUGGCAACAGCAACAAUAGCGUUCACUGUCCCUCAUCUAGUUUAGCGAAUGUUAGCGGAAACGCUGGCGGUAGUGGAGUUAUUGGUAUUCUGCCUGGCGAAGGACCACCAACGCCAACGCAAGAAAUGGACCUUAAUGUAGCGGCAAUGGAACAGCAACAGCGUAAACUGGAAAACACUUCAUCCGCCUCGUUGAGCACACUGCAAAGUUGUGUAGCGUCGUCUGUGCAAGCCGGCCGUUCACAGGGUCCAGAGAUUUCACCGAAAUUAGCAAAGUAUUUUCGUGCUGAUUUAAUAACACAUGUCACCAAUUGGCCAGCUGAUAUUUUGGAGAAACAGGCGCAAAAGUGUUCCGAAGAAACGCAUUUGUAUGGGGAUUUACAGUGUACGAAAGUGUCGGCCGAGUUAAAAUGUGCUAGAAGCUUAGUUAGAAUAACUGAAAUCACAGCAACACUACAAGAACAAAAAAUUAUGUAUCUUCGCCAACAAAUUCGUCGAAUAGAAGAAUCAAAAUCACAAAACUCAUUUAUGUCUGAUGAUCUUUAGCCAAUAUCAAAUUUGUAUUAAAAAGAGGAAUUAAUGCUAAAAAUUCACACAUAACCACAUUCAUAAGCGAAAAUUCUCACCAAAAAAAAAAACGCCUACAUGCCCCAUUCAAAAAAUAAUACCAAUAAAAAAAAAACAACAAUAGCAAUUGGCAACACUACACUAAUAUUUGCUAGUAAUCGAAUGAUAGUGAGUGUAGACGGCAGGUAACCAGCGUUCAAAGUAGUAGCAGCGGCAG